AUGACCGUUGCCCAGACAGCCUAUUCGGUAUCCGAACCCAUCACGACUGGUCUGACAGCGCUGGAACGCUUCGGACAUGUGGAGCGUCCGGACUUGCGCUACACGCCCGAAAUAGCCGAAGCGACGGCGCCGAUCUUCGAGAAGGUCAAGCACUUCAUCCCGGCCAUCGAAUGGGCCGCGCUCGCACCGACGAUCCAUGCGAUCAACAAGCUGAAAAAAGAGCGCAACGCGGUGAUUCUCGCGCAUAACUACAUGACGCCGGACAUCUAUCACGGUGUUGCCGACAUUUUCGGUGACAGCCUUCAACUCGCCAUCGAGGCGACCCGAACGGAUGCGGAGGUUAUCGUCCAGUGCGGUGUGCAUUUCAUGGCGGAAACCUCGAAGAUUCUCAGCCCUGAAAAGACGGUUCUGAUCCCUGACAUGCGAGCCGGUUGUUCUCUGGCGGAAUCCAUCACCGGAGCGGACGUUCGCGCCCUGCGGGAACGCAAUCCCGGCGUUCCGAUCAUCACCUAUGUCAACACAUCGGCCGAGGUGAAAGCCGAAUGUGAUAUCUGCUGUACGUCUUCCAACGCCUUGCAGGUGGUCGAAAGUUUCGGCGUUGACAGGGUUUUCCUUGUUCCGGACAAGUAUCUGGCUGCCAAUGUCGGCAAGAAAACAGAUGUCGAAGUCCUGGUCUGGGACGGUGCCUGUGAGGUUCAUGAGCGCUUCACCGCCGAAGAACUUCGCGACUAUCGCAGGAUCGAGCCUGAUGUGAAAAUCAUCGCUCAUCCGGAAUGCCCGCCGGAAGUUGUUGCCGAAGCCGACUUUGCCGGCUCGACCGCUCAUAUGAUCGACUGGGUCAAGACAAGGCGGCCGGAAAAGGUGAUGAUGGUCACCGAAUGUUCGAUGGCGGACAAUAUCGCCAGCGAGACCCCCGAUGUGAACUACAUCCGGCCGUGCAACCUGUGUCCGCACAUGAAACGCAUCACGCUUGGCAAGAUUCUCGACAGCCUUGUCGAGAUGAAAGAGGAAGUUGUGGUCGAUCCGGUAGUCGCAGAUCGCGCACGCACGGCGGUUGAACGGAUGAUCAACUUGAAAAUCUGA